AUGCCCCCUCUGCCUGUACUUCUUCGCACAUUGCUGCGCCCAAGCAUAUCCCGUGCUACCCUGGCACCUCGCUAUGCCUCCUCGCACGCCCCGCCCACUUCUACCAUCGGCCUGCGCGACUCUGCCAUCCCCCACCGCACCGUCCGCCUAGCCACCCCCACCGGCCUAUCACAGCCCCAGUCACUCUCCUCCAUCCUCCCCACAUACGACCCCUCCCACCACUCGCUCAUACUCGUCUCCACCGACGGGCCACAUGCCAUCGUCAAGCUCGUCUCUAGAGCAGAGGAGCGAGAGAAGGAGAAGGAAAAGGAAGAUAAGGAGAGGGUGAAAAGGAAGAUGGGGAUGGAGGAGAAGGAGGUGCAGGUGUCGUGGCAGAGUGCAAAGGGCGACUUGGAGCACAAGCUUGAUACAGCAAAGGGCUUGCUGGAGAAGGGCGAUCGGGUGCAAGUCGUCUUUGCGAACCGGAAAAGAGGAGAUCCCGUGGGUGAUGCGCAAAAGAAGCAGGUCGUAGACCUGUUUGAUGCUGCGUUGGGAGAAGUAGGGAAAAAGUGGAAGAAUGACGAUGUGAACAAGGGGCUCUGGGUUCUUUACUACAACCCCUUGGAUAGUGUGAGGCAGGGCGUGGAGAAGAAGGUGUUAGACGCCGAGACAGCAAAGAGGAGGGAAAAGGAGAGUGCCAAAGAAGAAAAGCUCGAAGCUAGAAGAAAAAAGGAAGAGCGGAGACUCAAGAGGGCUGAAGAAAUGGAGGAGCAAAGAAUAGCAGAAGCGAGAAAGGCCGAAGAAGAUUACAGGAGGAGACAAGAAGAGGCCAAGAAGCGAAAGUCGUCGAGCUUUGGCAGCUGGAGAAGAUAG